UCUGGUAUUAUUGUUUACGGUCACAGUGUGAACUUGAUGUUAGAGUCGUUUAAGAUACUCAGGAGAGAGUCUGAGCUCCGAGGACGCGUCUUUCUUUUCUUUUCUUUCUGCUGUGGAUAAAGUGUGCGUUUAUCAUUUAAAGUUUCAGCUCUGCGGCUUGUUUCUCACCUGGCGACAUGUCAGAAAGCUCGAGCGACACCGAGUCCUCCUGCGGAUGGACUGUCAUCAGCAACGAGGGUUCAGACAUCGAGACACUGGGAUCUGACAUCGUGGUGGAUUAUGAUCCAGAGGAGGCAGCUGGAGCUACUGCCCCGGUGCAGCCCGUAUCUUCACCAGACGGAGACACCGAGGCAGAGGAACCGUCCUCUUUGGAUGUCACGGUUAAAGAGGAAGAGACAGUUCUGGAAGCCGAACCUGGACAGAAGGUUGGAAAAGAGGCGGGUCUAGAUGACCACGCCCAUUUCUGCUCCUCCAGCGAUCAUUCUGACAUCGUCACGCUUGGUGACUCCAGGGAGGUGGAGCUUGGGGUGUGGGAGGAGCCUGUUGCCAGGGAAGUCGAAGAAGCAGGGAAUGAGGAACUCUACAUGGGGACGUCAUCAAGCAGCCAGUACACAUUCAGUGCUGCAGAGACGAUUUUCCCGGUGGAGCGCCCGGCACGCGGAGGCUCCAGCAGCACCGAGGAUGAGGACGCUGAGACGAAGGCCAGCCCAGGCGUGGUUCGGAGACGAAGGCUGAGGAGGAACACGGCCGGCUCCGAGCUGGACGAGCAGAAAGAUAAGGAGGAGGAGGGAGAUGAAGGACGUGAGGAGGAGGUGGAAGAGGUUGUAGAGGCUGAGGAGCAUAGAGAAGCUCGGCUCCCACAUCUGAGACAGAACAGCAGAACCCUGAACAAGUGCAUCCUUCUCGCCCUCGUCAUAGCCAUCAGCAUGGGCUUCGGCCAUUUCUACGGUACUGUGCAGAUCCGGGAGAGGCAGCGUCUGGUGGAGAAGAUUCUGGUGAACGAGCUGAGCGACGUCAGUAAGGAUCAGAGGCAAGAUUUACUCACGCAACUUCAUCAGACCAAGAGAGAGAUGGAUUCUCGUCAGAAGCACCUCGCCUCAGAGAAGCAGGUGCUGAAAAGCACUCUGGAACGGGAGGAGGCAUCUGGCUUGGCCCUGAGGGACGAGCUCUGGCGUCUCCGAGCUAAGAUUCAUAAACUCGAGGAAAAAGGAGCUGGUGCUGAUUCAGUCCUGUCUGAGAACCAGCGCCUGAAGGACCACCUCGUGGAAGAGAAGCAGAGGAUCCGCAGCUACCUUAGCCAGAAGGAGGUGCUGAUGGCGGAGGUUCAGGUGCUUCGGAAGGAGCUUGAUAAUGAGAGGAAGGUGACCGAUAAGCUGAGAAAGGAGAUAGAAGAGCUGAGCCAGAGAGAUGCUGGGAUGCAAGGGAAAGGAGAGUUUGAGGAACUCCAGGCUCGACUUCAGGAGCUGGAAAAGCUGAUUUUUGAGCAACAGCGUUCCGACCUGUGGGAGCGCCUGUACAUAGAGACAAGGGAGGACCGAGCCAAAGGGGACAUUCAACCAAAGGCCAGGAAAUCCAAAGAAGGCAUGCUCGGGAAGGUCAAGGAGACAUUCGACGCGGUUAAGAAUUCGACCAAGGAGUUUGUCCACCACCACAAGGAGCAGAUCAAGAAAGCCAAAGAAGCCGUCAAGGAGAACCUUAGGAAGUUUUCGGACUCGGUCAAAUCUACUUUCAGGCAUUUGAAGGACUCCACGUCAAGCGUGUUUGAGAGAAUCCGGAGGCCACAGGACAAAAGAUUCAACGAGAGGAAGGACACAAACACCGAGCGGCAAGAAUUUGUGCAGGAGAGUUUUCCUGAACAGGAGAACAAACGUUCUGAGGAGGAUCACUGGCAACACCACCGGCCCUUGCACCAACACCCUCGCAAAUCCACGCUGGACUCGUCAUCCGUCCAGGCAGACUGUAACAUGCGCAAACCAGGCCCUCAAAAGCAGCCAAGAACUUCAGGAUGCAAAUCAGCGCCUAAAGGAUGCACUGGCGUCUUUGACUGCGCCUACCAAGAAUCCAUGAGCCUCUUCAACAAGGCCAUGGAACCCAUAAGAGCAGACGAGUUCCACCAGCUCCUGCGCAGUUACCUGCAGCAAGAAGUGGGUCAUUUCCAGCACUGGAGGGAGCUCGACAGCUUUAUCAACCGCUUCUUUCAGAACGGAGUCUUCAUACACGAUCAAAUGCUGUUCACGGACUUUGUCAGCGGAGUAGAAGACUACCUGGUGGACAUGGACGAGUACCAUGGCGUUUUUGAGGAUUUGGAUGAUUUCGUGUACAAGCACUUCUUUGGAGAGACCUACUCAGAACAGAACGCUCAUAAUGGUCCAAGUCGACCCUUUGAAGGCCCAGGGUCAAAGGUCAAACCGGAGCAGGACUGCCAUCGUCAUCAUCAUCAUCAGCAGCGAAAGCAGCAGAAUUCGCGUCCCACGGUACCCCGAGACAGGAAAUGGGUUCGGUCGGGGCGUAGCUCCGGCAGACACUUCACAGAAGUCAAAAUAGAGCUCGGGCCCAUGCCCUUCGAUCCCAAAUACUAGCAAAUGUUUACUUUUUUCCCUCAAAAUAUUAUUCAUUCCUAUGAUAGCGUAGCUCAGAUUUAAAAAUCAAACUGGAUGUUGCUAAAAAAAAGGUCCCGUGACACACAAAAAAUCUUCGAAUACAUUUCUGCUUUUUAUUUGACUUCGGGGAAACGACGUGAACGUUAGCCUUAGCGUUAGCUUUCCUCUGCCUCCGCGUCCUCGACCCCACACGUGAUUUUGCACUAAUGUUUUAAAGUCCUGCGUGCGCUAAUCCGCUGCUAGCUUUCGGCGGAGUCUGAUGCUAACCGCUCCACUCGCGAUAGAGUUCUACACGUAGAAAUGCACUAAUUCAAAGCGAGCACUGUGCGUGGGUGCGAGGGGACACUUUGUGUAGUAAAUACUUUCAUUAGAUCAUUUCAUCGCACAAAAUCGUAAGGAAUCCUGCGUAGGACCAAAAUCGAUCAGUCGCAUCUACUGAGCUUUCGGCUGAAACACACUGAACCGUGGAUCAUCUGUGUUCCUUAGUUGACGUGAUCGCUGCUAAACGCCAACCCUCACGCGUGUGUCAACGCGUUUGUUUCCGUCUCGGGCGUGUUUUUGCGUAUUUCUCCUUUUGUUCUUAUGUUGAAUAGGUCACAUUCCAAGUGUGGGGUUUUUGUGCUUGAAGAAAGUCUUUGUUUUGUUUGCUGUUCUGCAGUUCAUGAAAAAAAAAAAACACAAUAAAAAUGUUCUUUUGCUUGA